AUGGAAGCAACAUGCGUCGUCAAUGACCGACCAGUACUUGACGACGGAAGUCACCACAAUGGAAACCACGCAAAACAUCCGGACCAAAUCGCUUGCUUGAUACGGGCUCCACAGGCCAAGUCCUGCAUCCCAUGUCGACUCCGCAAGGUCAAGUGCAGUGGCGGCCAACCGUGCCAGACCUGUAUCAAGAGGGCUCAUCCGCAACUGUGCUCAUAUAGCCCCGAAACUUCGAAGCAAUUGCGGAGGAGUAGAGCGAGGUCCGAGAGGCACAAUGGCAGCCAUCGACGAUCGGAUUUACCUUCUCGCGCCCUAGACCUUUCCCCCGUUUCCCAAUCACACCCGCAGCGUGCCAGCAGUGACCAUCGGGGCGACUCUUAUUCGACAUGCGACAAUCCGAACAAUGCCGGCGGACAGGAUGUGACCCCUCAAACUGCCAGAGACAACUCGGUACUGGCCUUACUUAGCCAAGCAUCCGAUCAACCGGCCGCUGCCCUCCGGCCAGAUGUUCGCUCGGCGCUCGGCCUACGUAACUCGAUCAGCGCUAAUCUAUUCUCCGAAUCGGAGAGUCUCCAGUCCAGAUGGGAAAGUCUCAUCAAGAUAAUCCCACGCCAAAGUGAAAUUCUGCAGCUUUACCCAGUCUAUCGCAACACAGCGCAUCUUUUCAAUCCCAUCGUCGCAAGAGUGGAUCAGUUUGAGACCUCCAUGUUUGAAUAUUUGCAAGCGCUGGACUCCGGAGUGUUCGAGAGUCCUUUGUGCUCCUCUAAGAAAUGGGCCGACAACGCUUCCGUGGACUUCAUUGCCCUACUCUUGGCAACGCUUUCUUUGGGGGCCCACUUCCUGCCACAGUCUUCCUGGGGACCUGAAUAUUCUCUACAGUUCCUAAAAAGGGCUUUCACUGCUCUUCAACUGGCGAACUAUCUCUUCCGACCAACCCACGACAAUGUUCAAACCUUACUUCUCGUUGGAGCAUGUCUUCAAAACAAUGGGCAAUCUAGUGCUGCCUGGGCCAUGUUGGGGACAACUGCGAGGCUUGCCCAGUCAUUAGGCUUGCAUCAGCACGAAUCUGCCCAGCGAAUGUCCCGUGGCGAGAGGACGUUAUGGUGGGUUCAAAUAAGCUCAACUCCUGAUACGUUUUCACGAGAAGAGAGAGCUAACGCGCGUCUUCAAUGCUACAGGCGGAUAAUAGGCUGGCAGGAUGUUCUUUUGUGUCUGUGUCAUGACCAGCGCCCAAUCAUCCAUGAUCAGAACAUCAUUUCCGUGAAGGAUGUUUCUCAACCGCCUCAGAACUUAUCCUUUCUCGGAGUCAUGGAUGGUAUAGUCCGAGCCAUGCUAGAAGCUCUCCACACGCGCGAAUCGAUGACGCUUGAGCGACGGGCUCAGCUCGUGGAUGAGCUGGAUCUCUACAAGGGAAAUGCACUACCCCAUCUUCAGCAAUUCCUCCCCGGUGCCAGCCUGCAAGAGCGCUCGGAACUAUUUGCGAUGCAAAUGAAUAUGUCUUUCGCUAUUUCCGUCUUGUGCAGGCCAGCCCUGCAAAUUUCCAUAACACAUGACAACCCACUUCUGCUCAGCCUGCUCCGUCGCGCGAAGCAAAGCCUUAUCGACGUGUGCAAGGCCUUUCUUGACUUUCAGGCUAUUAGCAUCGUCCCUGUGAGAAGCUGGGGCAUGGUACACAGCGCCUUGAGCUCAGCUCUCUUACUGUCCGUGAUUGAAGAGACACGUCAGGAUCCGUACGUUUGCGAUCUCCAGGGCAGGGUAUUGCGGGUCUUUUCGAGACACGCGCAGGCUGUUGAGUCGGCGCAGAGAAACGGCGAAAACCAGCCAGAACAACAGCAGUGGCUCUCGAGCGGGCAUAUGCAUGCACUCCUGACCUGUCAGCGUGCGUUGCAAGCUCACCAUUCAACCUCACUUGAGGGGACGCAGCGAGCUCCUGCCGGGGUCCCUGUUCAAGCGCCGCUUGAGCCUUGCUUACAGCCACUCAUGUCCGCCAAUGGCGCAUUCUUUGACUCUUCGUCAAUGAUUGAAGACGGACUGUCCUUCGAUUUUGAGUGGCUCAACGGAGAGAGCAUGCAAGUAUCUCCCAUGGCACAAUUGGAUAUGAUUUUGAAUGAGAUGAAUGAACGCCCAACUGCUGCGGGAACACGGAAUUCAUGA